AUGGCGACGACGACGACGACGAAUACAGAAGAAAAUCAGAGCAGAGACGCGUACGGGUUUGCGAUUUCAAAGGAGAACAAACAGCCCAAAGAUUGGAAGGAAGUGCUGAGAAAAGAGGAAGAGGAACGUCAAGUCGCGUGGUACGAAUUUUUACGAAGGGGAGAAGAUGGUAUGACGCCACCGACGCACGCUAAAAGAAAGAUGAAAUACAACGAGGACAACGAAGAAGAAAAAGACGACAACGACGAAGACGAAGAAGAAAACGACUCCUUUGACGCCGUAAGAGCGGUCAUGGCUCUGAUACGCGACGACGAUAGCGCCGAUGACGAUACCGACGACAAGAAGGAGGAGAAGAAGAAGAAGAAAAAGAAUACGGACACUACUAGCGACGAAGUAUCCAGUAGCAGCGAAUUCGAUGGAAAACGAAGGAAAGAGCUCGAGAUGCUCGUGAACAAUGGUUUACCGAUGAGUCAACGCGCGAAACUUUGGGAAAUUUUUGCAAACGUACCGAGUAAACGCAAGAAAGGUUUAUACGAUGAUUUAGUUCGAAGAAUCGAAGAAACAGUGGACGAGAAUAAUGCAGACGAUAAUAGUUAUAAUCUGAUUUUGAGCGAACGAAACGGAUCGCCUCCGAAAGAUGCGAAUGAUGACACUAACAUCAACAACAACAAAGCGACUCUUCCCACGAGCGACGACGACGAUAAAUGCGAAUCGAAGCUUUUUGACAUUUACAACCACGUGCAGAGCUUUGCGGAUGCAAAAGUGCAGGUCGAGAAGGAUCUCCCACGAACCUUUCCGGCGCAUCCGUUACUGGAAGGCGUCGGGAGAGAUGCUCUUCGACGCGUAUUAUUAGCCUACGCAAGAUACAAUCCGAAAGUUGGAUACUGUCAAGGUCUUAAUUUCUUAGCUGGACUUUUGUUGCUGCUCAUGCCGGAAGAGUCCGCGUUCUAUGUGCUCGGGACAAUCGUCGAGGACAUCUUGCCAGGAUAUUUCGUCACGAAGCAAAUGCUCGCGCCUUCGGUGGAUCAGAAGAUCUUGAGAGUAUUCGGCAGUCAAAAGUUGCCGACGCUUUUAGAAAAGCUCGAUAAGUUCAACAUUCCGUUAUCGGCAAUUACUUUGAAUUGGUUUUUAUGCUUGUUUGUGAACUGCUUGCCGUGGGAGACCGCGUUACGAGUUUGGGACGUUUUGUUAUUCAAACGUGAUCGAACGGUCUUGUUUCAAGUAACUUUAGCUCUGUUAGAAUCGCCGUCUAUUUUGAAAGCGGUGAAAGAACCUACAUCAGACGUGAGCGCGCUAGCGACGGCGUUACAAAGUGCCGUGACGGAAGCAUUCGACGCUUCGGCGCUGAUGAUGACGGCGACGCUCGGUAACGCAGACGUGACGAUGCACAAGGUUGAACAGCUCGCGAGAAAGCAUAAGAAAUCCGUCGCCAAGGAGAUUUUUGGCGCAGAUUACCACCAAUUUAUGACAAUGUCCAUGAGCUUCGCGUUCACCAACACCACUGGCAACAAUAACAAAGACAGCGGCAAGGACGGAGAAGAUGCCGAUUCGAAGAAAUUAGGAGAGAUGUUUGAGAAAUGGUGCACGCCGUGGAGAGAGAGAAAAAAAUAUAUACAACAGCAAAGCACAAAAAAUAGAGAGAAGGAAGAGGGAGUAUCACUGACGACGACGCCCGAGCUCGCGGAUGAUAAUAUCGACGAGGAGGGCGCGUCACUGGACGAAAAAAUUUCGAAAGUUUUACGCUUUGACGAGACGGACGAAGAUGGACGACCAGCGAACCACCCGUUGGUGGAAACGCCGAUGACGUGCGACUCGGUCCAAUCUUCGUCAGCACCAGUAGCAAAACAAAAAGAAGGCGAAGAGAAAGACGGCAGCGGCGACGAAGCGGAGUCUGCACCGACGACGACGACGACGACGACGACGACGACUGGUAGUUUCGGAACUUCAUUUAAAGAGUGGAUGUCCACGGCAAGGAAAAGUUGGGAAUUCAAGAGGAAAUCUUCGUCGAAGGAGGUUGAAGUCACCAGCGGCAGCAGCGGCAGCAGCAGCGGCAGCGGCGGCGCCACGGCUGCUCCUGCAUCGAGCGAGGAAUACGACGAAAAUAACGAUGCCGUCGUCAAAGAACAGACCUCGAGCGAUGCUGCGCCGCUCCACUCGCGCUUGGAAAAGCUCGAGCGAGACGCGAAAGAGAAGGACGACGUUAUUCGAAAGCUUCAAAAGCGCAUCGAAGCGCUCGAAGAACGAUUGCUGCUUUCCUCAAAGUAG